AUGGUCCACGUGCUGACUCAACAAAUGGGUACCAUACUGAGACCACUGAUGCAAGAUUCUACUCAGAGUUACCAACAACUGGCAACUCAAAUGACCCGAAUAGAGGAUUUCAUAGGGGCUCCCAGAGCGCAAGUGCGACAAACUCCCCCACCUCCACCUAGACCAGAAAUCCCGACCCGACACGAGGAGACGGUCGACGAAACGAUUGAGCAAGAACACCAGGAGGUCAAAUCAAUACCUAGGGUAGCCCAAAGACCUCCUAUUGUGCUAGUUAAUAGAAAUCACGAUCCUGACCAUGUGGUCAGGCAGGUUCGACAAGAGGCAAUGGAUUGGGAGAAAAACUUAGAGGCUAUUGUCAAACGGAUCAUAGUUCAAAACAAGAUAAACUUAGGCCUACAAAGGCCAACAUAUUCUUCUCCCUUACCAGACUUUGUUUCACAAAUAGAAUUGCCUAGGGGAUGGAAAGUUCUAAAAUUCACCAAGUUCGCCGGAGACACCGAAGAGUCUACCGUCGAACAUGUUGCUAGACAUCAAACUGAAACUGGCGACAUAGCAAACAAUGAGGAUUUGAAGUUGAAAUACUUCCCAAGUUAUCUUACAAAACAUGUGUUCACUUGGUUUACAAUGUUACCUCCACAAUUCGUCCAUACGUGGACGCAAUUAGAGAGGUUGUUCCAUGAACAGUUCUACAUGGGAUAG